AUGCUUAGGUCGGAGGAUGGGAGGGUAGAUGUUGCUGUGCGGCGUUGUCGUGCGUGGAGUGCGCCUGCGGCAUCGCUUAGCCACAUCUGCAGAAGCCGCGAUGGCUCCUUCGCGCGGGGGGCCACGAGAGCUAUUACUGGGGACCACGCACACCCCACGCUGCCCUCUACCAUUUAUCGACUUUUCCCCACCCAGACGAUUUUCACUGAGUUGGACAUUCCGUUUACUCCAUCGCUGACGGCCACCUGCAACGGGGUACGACAGACACCAGACUUGCCACGGGCGGAGGCUGAGAGCCUCGAGGCGCUUAAGACCGAACUCCUAGCCGCCAAAAAUCAAAUCAGACUGCUGAACUCGGCAAACGCACGAUCUUUUCAUAGCUACGCAGCACUCGAGGCUGAGAACGCAGAGCUGAGGGACGCCAGCCGACGCCUGCGGGAGGCUAAUGAGGAGCUGAAAGCCCGCCUCGCGCAGCGCAACGACGAGGUGGAUGAACAUCUGCACGUCAUCUGCGACUUGGAAAAAAAGCUCGAAGAGCUUAGCUGUUUCAGAACGCCAGAACACUUGGCGGCGUGCAAGCAUCUUAAUGGCGAUUCGAAGUAA